AAUUCUUUUUUUUCAGCCUUUUUUAUUCAGAAUGGAACCCUGGAUAUCGUCAACCUUCAUCUUGAUGAUUCUGCUGGUCCACGUCCGCACCGGGAGUGUUAGGCAUGGACUGUUCGAGCUGAACUUGCACAACAACACCGACAUGGUCAUGGACAUGUACUUGCGGCCGGCCGAGUCAAUGUUAUCGGAAUCGUAUUGCAGGCUGUUGCUGUUCAAGCUGCAGGGCUCCGAGUGUCCUUUUAUGAGAGUGACCUUUCACAUCCUUAUAGCGCUGCCGAUCUACAACUUGAUGUUGAUUGUGAUUUGCUGGCAGCUGAACAGAAGUGCAUCCCAUAGCGCUGAGCGCAUUGUCGUGGUGCUGCAGCCCAUUGUUCCAAGUAGUCGGCUCGAUCCACCCGCCGUGCUAGCCCCGCUUGAGUCCCCUUUGCCAUCUUUUCCCCCUCUACCUCCGCCUCGCUGCAGGCGACGUCAAGCUCCUAAGCCGCCGGCUCGUGCUCUGCGACACCAGCAGAGCUUCGCCAGCGGCUAUCCCAGUCAAAGGGAUCCCUUUGCAGCAGUGCAAGGCUCUUGCAAUCCGGAUCAAUACAAAAUCCUACGCCGGAAUCUAAAGCGCGUGCUGGAAGGACUGCAGCAGCCAGUGCCCACACCCACAACUCCAUCGCUGCCAUUGCCGUUGUGCUUGGCCAAAGAAGACUCCAUCCAAUCCUCAUCGACUGUUCUAAGUCUCGAAGCGCCCAAAAAGAAAACAAAGUCGCGAAAAUUAUUUGGUACGCUGUUCAAACGCUUGACCAAGGUUUUUGUGCGUAAACCCAAUCCGGCACACGACGAUGAAAUAAGUUCGAGCAGAAAGAGCGCCGACAGAGAGACCAACCGGAGCGGCAUAUUUCAUCCGAUUUGGAAGCGCAUAAAAACUCGAGCCAGGCGCAGACCCGAGGCCCAACCGAUGCCCUUGAGCAGCAGCGAAUCGAUAAGCACCAAUGGCAGCUCCCAAUGCAUAUACUCCUGCUAGAGCAGCAGAGAGUUCGACUAGAGAAUGCUGCGUAAGAG